AGAGCACGAUGGGACGGGAAGCGCAGCGCUGGAGGACCACAGAGAAGAAGAUGGCUGCGACGGGGCUCGACUGGCCAGCGCUGUACCUCCUGCUCGAGGACGGCUAGAGAGGGGAUAGGGGGCAAAUAUGGGGUCGCAGACCCUCCAGAUCCUGCGGCAGGGUGUGUGGGCGUCGGUGACGGGAGGAUGGUACUACGACCCCCACCAGAACACCUUCGUGAACGCACUUCACCUUUACCUGUGGCUGCUGCUGCUCUGCUUCCCGUUCACGCUCUACAUGGCCUUGCCCCCCACGAUGGUGAUUGUGGGUAUCUACUGCGGGGUGAUAGCAGGUAUGUUUGCGCUGCUGAAGGCAGUGAAUUAUCGCCUGCACACUGCGCUGGAUGAGGGGGAGGUGGUGGAGCUGCGGGCCAAAGGGAGCGAGGGACGGGGCCAGGGGGCAGAGCGCCAACGUGAAGGUACCGGCACCCGGCAGGAAGACUCAAACGGGCCUGGGGAUCCAGGGGGUGGAAUAGAGAUGUCUGAUUUUGCACGGGAGGAGACGCCACCGGUCGACUGCAGUUCACGGAACUCUUACGUAGGAAUGGACUCUAACCAUCAGAUAACAUCCCAUGGAGGCUCAGUCACAACCAAACGGGCAGGUGUUGGAAAGGCUCCUGAUGACAUCAGUUUGAGUUUGGCUCAGAGUUGCAGUCAAGACCAAGAUUUGAUGUCAGACCCAAAGAUGUUCUGCCUCGUCUCCAAUGACUCUUUUGCCUCCAUGCAGCCAUCAACCUCAUUGGCUCAGGACCUUUAUGGCUCCACCCCUCACCCUUUUAGUCAGUCCCUAUCCUCUUGUGACACCGAAAUUCCUGCCCAUCUUUCCACCCACUCACAGUCUUUCCGGAAAGAGUCAUCUCGACCUCGGAGAUUGCCUCGCACAUCAAGUUCUGCGGGAUCUGCUUUUCCAGAUCCUUCUCUGCCCGAGUUCAGCCUGAACCCUCCACCCCGUCGGGGAGGACUGGAUCCUGUCUGUGAAAUGGAGAACUCCAGGUCACAGAGGGCGACAGAGAGCUCCGAGCAGCCGGACUCUGGGACUCCCAGCACUUCAGGAACAGAGUGUCACAGAUAUCAUCCGAAGGAACGCCGCAGGAUAUCACGGUCUGUUUCCCGAGAGACAGGGGAAGGAGAGUGUGCAGGGGAAGGGGGAUCUGGGUUGUACCAGUCGGAGGGUGUACAGGGGGGUCGGGAAAGAAAAGGUGGGCGGAGUGCCGAAAGUUUGCGGAGUUUAAGUACACGCAGUAGCGGCUCCACUGAGAGCUACUGCAGUGGGACGGACCGGGAUACCAAUAGUACUUUGAGUAGCCUGCACAGCGAGCAGACAAGCUCCACGCACGUAGAGAGCCUGCUGUCGCUGUCUGGGGACGAGAAGGUAAAUGCGGGACAUGCCGACCCACGUAACUCUAAUGUAGCCUCGGGGGAGGCUAAUAAAAACCCCCAUGCCAACGAACUUGCUACCAAAUUGCCCAUUGGCGAUGCUCCCAAACCUGCAAACUCAGAGGGCCAACAGGGGGAGGGAACUGUGGAGGCGGCAUCAAGGACUAGCGUAGAUGUCUCUGCUGGUAUGUCCCACCAGCACCAGGAGGCAGAACUAGACGAAAUGCGUCCCAAAACAGCCAAUCUCAUUCACCGGGCUGCCUCCUCAUCCGCCGCCAGCCGUAGUGGCCGGCGACGAAACGGUAAGCAGCGAGCAAGCAGUUUUGACGCCAGCAGACACCGGGAAUACAUUUGCGGACGUGGCAUGGCAAAGCCUCGCUCUGCGGUCUUCAUGAAAGGAGAGGAAGACUCUAGUGAUCAGAGCGAACUUAGUUGUGCCUCCAGCCUACACUCCACCCACCAGCUCAGCACAGACUCCUCAUCCAGCACACCCCACUCCUGCCCCUCUCCUGAGGAUCGCCGUGGCCCCUCUCUACGGGCCAAAAUGAACGGUGUGCAAACCCACGGUCAGAAGGACAAGGAAAAGGAACGGGAGAAAGACAAGGAGAAGGGCAAGCGCAAAGCUUCGCGACGCACUCCAAGUACAGGCAGCGCCAAAACUCAUGCCCGGGUCUUGAGCCUGGACAGCAGCACUACUGCUUGCCUUAAUGACCCCCACCAUUUGGGGGCACCAGCAAGUUCCAGACCCCUUACCACCUCCAAGUCGGACCUGGAGGCAAAAGAGGGGGAGGUGUUGGAUGCGGCAUCCCUGCUGGGAAGAGCCUCUCAGCUUGAGUCAGUGACCCGGUCGAGAAACAGUCUGCCCUGCCCCAUUUCUCUUAGUCACACACAAGACGCAACCACAGGAUCUCGAGCCCCAGGGAACGAUGACACAGUCACAUUUCGCAGAGAGCGUAGUACGUUUCGUCGACAAGCGGUGCGUAGACGGCACAACGCAGGAAGUAACUCCACACCCCCAGCCUCCAUCAUCGGAUCCCCACUCAGUCUGCAGGAAGCUCUGAGUCAGGUAUCUCAAGCUUCAGGGUCACAGGUCAGAGGUCAGCCAUCCCGCACGCUGUCUCAGGUGACGGUAUUGAGCACUAGCGCCUCCCUGCUGGUCAGGAAUGGAAGUGCGCAGCUGGAGGGCUGUCUGGAUAAGGCGUCUACUGUGGGCGUGGCCAGCCUGCAGGAUGACUUUGGGAAGCUGACCCCACCUCUCUAUGAGGUCGGAGGAUGUGACAUGUCCCUGGUGAACUUUGAACCUGCAACCAGACGAGCUUCCAACAACCUCUGGGAAACAGACUCCCACCUCUCCAGUUCUACCUCAGUUCGUUUUUACCCUCAUGACCUGUUCUCCUUUCCUCAGAUGCGUCUGAAUCGUUUGCUGUCCAUGGACCCAGAGUUGUUGGAACAGCACGAUGUGGACGGGAGUCCUGACCUUCAGGAGGCGCCGCACCGCUCGCAGGACUCCACACAUAAUCACACACACUCAAACAGGCACCCACACAAAACCAAGCAGUACUACCGCCUGUGGCUGCUGCCGUACCUGUGGGUCGGGCUGCACUUUGACAGACUCACACUACUUGCCCUCUUCGACAGGAACCGGGAGGUUCUGGAGAAUGUGCUCUCAGUGGCUCUGGCGAUUCUUGUGGCCUUCCUAGGUUCUGUGCUGCUAGUUAAUGGGUUCUUCACUGACAUUUGGGUCUUUCAGUUCUGCCUCGUUAUUGCCAGUUGCCAGUACUCAUUGCUGAAGAGUGUCCAACCCGACUCUUCAUCACCGCGACAUGGUCAUAAUCGAAUCAUCGCUUACAGCAGGCCUGUGUAUUUCUGUCUGUGCUGUGGGCUGAUUUGGCUGUUGCACUAUGGGAGUGUAAACAGCAGUUCCACUACAGUGUCUCUGUAUGGAGUCGCUCUCACCAGCUCCGUCCUGCUGUCUCAGGCGCGGGAUCUCCUCAUUGUUUUCACCCUGUGCUUUCCCAUCAUCUUCUUCGUUGGGCUGCUCCCUCAGAUUAACACUUUCGUCAUGUACCUGCUUGAGCAACUUGACAUUCAUGUCUUCGGAGGAAAUGCAUGCACCAGUCUGCUUUCAGCUCUCUAUAGUGUUGUGCGCAGCAUCAUCACCAUAGCGAUGCUCUAUGGGUUCUGCUAUGGCGCCUUAAAGGACUCGUGGGAUCCUCAGCACAUUCCUGUGCUUUUCUCAGUGUUUUGUGGGCUGCUGGUUGCUGUUUCAUACCAUCUCAGCCGCCAAAGCAGUGACCCCUCUGAUCUCAUUUCAUUAUUGCAAUCAAAGGUCUUCCCUAAUGUGAAAGAGAAAAAUCCAGAGGAUCCGCUUUCUGAAGUUCAGGAUCCUUUACCUGAGAAACUCCGCAGCUCUGUGAAUGAGAGACUACAGUCAGAUGUGAUUGUGUGUGUUGUCAUUGCUGUCCUGUAUUUUGCCAUUCAUGUCAGCACUGUCUUCAUUGCCUUACAGCCUUUUUUGAGCUAUGUUCUGUACGGUCUAGUCGGGGCAGUAGGGCUGUUGACUCACUACCUGUUGCCCCAGAUGAGGAAGCAGUUACCCUGGUACUGUUUCUCACACCCGCUGCUCAAAACCAGAGAGUAUUAUCAGUUUGAGAUCCGGGGUGCCGCCCAUGUCAUGUGGUUUGAGCGUACACAUGUGUGGCUGCUGUUUGUGGAGAAAAACAUCCUCUAUCCACUCGUUGUGCUUAAUGAGCUGAGUGGCAGCGCACAGGAGCUCGCCAGCCCCAGGAAACUCAACACAGAGGUCGGAGCUCUAGUGAUAACUAUCGCUGGGCUGAAGCUACUGCGUUCUUCCUUCAGUAAUCCAACAUAUCAAUAUGUCACUGUCCUCUUCACGGUCCUGUUCUUCACAUUUGAUUACCGGCAGUUUUCUGAGACAUUGCUGCUGGAUCUUUUCGUUAUGUCCAUCAUUUUCAGCAAGGUCAGCCCUCAUUCCUGUAGCAUCAGUUCUUGUCUUGACCUUUUACUCUUUCAGGGGUGCAGCUUAUGUCUGGAUUGCAAAGCCCUGGAGGGCUACAGCAUCACCGAUAACAGUGCCGCGUCUAUGCUGCAGGUGUUUGAUCUGCGGCGAAUCCUCACCACCUACUACGUUAAGGGCAUCAUUUACUAUGUCAUUGCAUCUCCUAAACUGGAGGAGUGGCUGGCGAACGAAGCCCUUCUUGAGGGCUUGAAGAACUGCGGAGAGCGAAACUAUGUUGACCUAGAUCCGACUUUUAACCCCAAUAUUGAUGAAGACUAUGACCACAGACUGGCUGGAAUCUCCAGAGACAGUUUCUGCUCUGUCUACCUCAGCUGGAUCCAGUACUGCAACUCACAGAGAGAGAAGCCACUGGACAGUGAGAAAGACUCUGCGUUGGUUUUGCUGUGUUAUGGUCUGUGUGUUUUGGGAAGAAGAGCUCUGGGAACUGCAUCUCACCAUAUGUCCAGUAAUCUGGAGUCUUUCCUGUAUGGGCUGCAUGCCUUGUUUAAGGGAGAUUUCCGGAUCUCAUCUGUAAGAGACGAAUGGAUCUUUACUGACAUGGAACUGCUGAGGAAGGUUGUUGUCCCUGGAAUUCGCAUGUCUCUUAAACUGCACCAGGAUCACUUCACCUCCCCUGAUGAGUAUGAGGAAUCAUCGGUGUUGUUUGAGGCGAUUUCUUCACACGAGCAGACACUGGUGAUAGCUCACGAGGGCGACCCAGCCUGGCGCAGCGCUGUCCUGUCCAACUCUCCCUCUCUGCUCGCCCUCAGACACGUGUUGGACGAAGGGACCAAUGAAUACAAGAUCAUCAUGCUUAACAGACGCUACCUGAGCUUCAGGGUCAUAAAGGUGAAUAAGGAGUGUGUGCGCGGCCUGUGGGCGGGACAGCAACAGGAAUUGGUGUUUUUGCGGAACCGAAACCCGGAGCGUGGAAGUAUCCAGAAUGCCAAGCAAGCACUACGCAAUAUGAUCAACUCUUCAUGCGACCAGCCAAUCGGAUAUCCCAUCUAUGUCUCGCCAUUGACAACAUCUUACUGUAAUACACACCCCCAGUUGGGACACAUACUGGGAGGACCGAUCAGCAUCGCCAACAUACGAAACUUUAUCGUCAACACGUGGCACAGACUGCGUAAGGGUUGCGGCGCUGGCUGUAACAGUGGCGGGAAUGUUGAAGAUUGUGAUGCGGGUGGCUUGUCAUGUGGCAGUGGGAAUUCUGGGAAUUCUGGGACAGCAGCGAGUGAUUCCCAGCACAGCUCAGGACCCACAGUGCUGCACUCUUACACGCCUCAUUCUCUGGGUACGAGUCAGAGUUCUCAGUCAGUGCAGUCUGGUUUGGUUCGUCAGUCUCCUGCUCGUGCGUCUGUCGUCAGUCAGUCGUCCUCGCUCGCCAGCCUGCUGGGAAACGAAGCCUUAGGGCUGGGGACGGACAACCAUCCUCACCCCCACCAUCAUCUUCACUACAUCCACCAUCAUCAUCACAAUCCCUCGCUCUCCUGUCUGAGAAGGGACGACAUCUCCUACAGGGUGCAGAUUGUGGAUGUGAGUCAGGUGUUGGAUGUAAUGAAUCAUCCCAAGAGGAAGGAGCUGGCGUGGCCAGAUGAGAGCAUGAGACUGAGAUCUGGACGCAACUUUUGGAGGGACUGGAGUCCCCUAGAAGGCAUGGAGGGUCACGUGGUUCAUCGUUGGGUGCCUUGCAGUCGUGAUCCGGUUAGUCGGUCUCACAUUGAUAAGACCAUCCUGCUGGUCCAGGUGGAUGAUAAAUUGGUUCCCAUUAUAGAGACGGGAGUGAUUGAACUGGGGGCAGAAGUGUGAGGAUGCACUCGUCUAAUGUCAGGCCAGAGGAAGAAUGAGGCCACACUCACUUCCAGCUGCUGAUCAGGGCGCAGGAAGCCAGGGAAUCUGCAAAUGGAGAACAUACACACUCACACAUGCUGCAAGAAGCACAUUUGCUCAAAUCUGGACAGAAAGCUGCCUUGCUCUGUGUUCCUCAGAUAUGCUGCAUGAGAGAUCAGCUCCUGUAAACUCUUCUCUCUUUCUCUCUCCUUUACGAGCAUCUGCAGUUUCGUUCUGUUUUUUAGGUUCUAUGCAUCUCAUCAGCUGUCUGUAAACACAUGCAAACUCACAGGGAACACUACAACCGAGCUUGAUGUACACGCAGAGAAGAGUUUUUUAUUACAGCUAUAGUUAAGUUUUAUUUUGUAUUUCUGCCAAAUUAAGUCAGGUGCACAGUGCUGCCCUGGACAUGCAGUGAAUCAUGUGACAGACUGUGUUUUACUAGCUGCCAAGACAGAUGAUCACGGUGAGGAUGAUGAUGAUGAUAAAAAGGAAGCAGGUGCUUCUGAUACAGAGCAUCCUUACUCUUCGUCCUCGUUCAUUUUGUUGAGGAUCCAUUUGAUAACAGAGAGGUGUUAUGAGAAACUUUAACUUGCACUAUGAUUUGUUUUGUUUUUGAUUUGCAGCUGUGCACUACUUUCUAAGAUCAGACAUUAUUUAUUCCUUCACGGUUUGAAUCGCCAUGGUUACCGAUGCCUUUGGAAUGCAAAAUGCGAAAUCAUUGACAUAUUCGUUUCUGCCGUUUUGACAGUUUUUCUUUAGCUUGAGGACCGAAGUGGUUUUUUUAACCACAUGUAGUUAUGUAUGAAUAUAUAAAUGUGUCUGUAAAAA